GGGUUACCAACGCCCCAAACCAGAAUCCAGGACAGGGCCAGGACCAGUGCUUGGGAAGGGAAAUAAAAUAUCUGCAAGUAGAAGGUUGGGAGACGGUGCUAGGACAACACCCUAGAAAGUGAAGGAUCCAACAGCUUAAAGCCCCGGGCUCAGCCCCGAACCACCGGCGCUCUGACAUCCUCAACAAAGAUGGCGGCCACGGCUUCGGGCGUCAGAGCUGCCAUGCGCGGUGGGUCAUACCACCGGGUCCAGGGCGUCGGGGCGAGGGUGGAGCGAACCAUCGAGGCGGCCGGGAGCCAUGUUGGAGCGGCGGGAGGCGGCAGCAGCGUCGGGGAUGCUGUGGUGGGGGCGGCAAAAGCCGGGACCUCUCACCAAAGGGGUCUUGGCCGCGGAAUAGAUGGUGCUCAGGGGGCGGCGGCGCGGAGCGACAGGCCGAGGGGCGGGGGGCCGGGGUGGGGGCAGGGGCCCUGGAGGGGGUCCGAGCGGUGGGGCGGGCCUAAGGACCGGACUGGGGUGGGGGGCUGUGGAGGCUGUGCGGGGAGGUGGAGGGUGAUGGCGAGGCGGCCGCCGUGGCAGGGUCUCGGGAAACCAUCGACGACGGUACUCUUGCUCCUUCUCUCUUUGUUCCCCCUCAGCCGGGAGGAGCUGAGGGGCGGCGGGGACCAGGGCUGGGACCAGGGGGUAAAUCUGCCCAGGGCGCAGAUCGGCGGUGGAGCCUUAGCUCUUUGUCCCGAGCCGCCCGGGGUCCGGGAGGAUGAGGGGCCUGGCCCGGGAGUCGGGGAACCUGUUUCCAUGCCACUCCGAGGGGAAAGGCAAAGCGCCCAGAGCACUCCAGGGUCCCGUGGACAGCCGAACGCAGAACUGGCCACCGAGCACGGGGUCCAAGCAUUAAGCAGCCGUGCACGAGAGACGGGACAGGAGCCAGGGUCUCUGUUAUGCUGGCGCCCAGAAGUCUCCUCCUGCCGGAGGACAGGACCCUUGCGAAGAGGUGGUGUGUCGCCAGAGGCUCUGUCCUUAGGGGUCCCAGGCCCAGGGAACAGCUUGCCCCUCCCUUCGGACUUUCUGGUUCAACCAGGUGGACCCAAGCCAGCGUUCUCCCAACAGAACUCUGCAAGAAGCGCCCGGAAAAGAGUAGGAACCACGCGCUGCUGCGGGGAACUGUGGGUGCCAGUGCGCAGGGGUCAGAGGGAGAGAGCUGCGCCAUCCCCAGCCGAGAGGACAGAUCUUUGGCCGGAAUUUCUGCCCUGGGCCGCGGGGUCUGGCCCGGCGCUAGAUUCAGCACCACGCACGGCUAGGACAGCUCCUUUGGUGGGUUCAGCACCCCCAAAACCUCGGACAGCUCCCGAGGCCCUGCCCCGGCGCAUGCGCUCCCGCGGGCUUCUCCGCCGCCACUUCCUCCCGCAGCGCCCCGGGCCGCGGACCCCGGGAGUCCCAGUGGAGGCCUGGAGGACACCCCUAGGGAGUCGGGCACGUCCCCGUCGCGCCACCAACCGUCACCCGCAGUUUCCCCAGUACAACUACCAGGCGCAGGUGCCCGAGAACGAGGCAGCAGGCACAGCGGUGCUACGAGUGGUGGCUCAGGACCCGGACGCGGGUGAGGCCGGGCGUCUGGUGUACUCAUUGGCCGCGCUCAUGAACAGCCGCUCCCUGGAGCUGUUCAGCAUCGACCCGCAGAGUGGCCUGAUCCGCACAGCCGCCGCUCUGGACCGCGAGAGCAUGGAGCGCCACUACCUGCGGGUGACGGCCCAGGACCAUGGUUCGCCGCGCCUCUCGGCCACCACCAUGGUGGCUGUGACCGUAGUCGACCGCAACGACCAUACUCCAGUGUUUGAGCAAACGCAGUACCGGGAGACGCUGCGCGAGAAUGUGGAGGAGGGCUACCCCAUCCUGCAGCUGCGUGCCACAGACGGUGACGCACCACCCAAUGCCAACCUGCGCUACCGCUUCGUGGGGCCACCCGCCACACGCACCACUGCUGCCUUCGAGAUUGAUCCACGCUCCGGCCUCAUCAGUACCAGUGGCCGGGUGGACCGCGAGCACAUGGAAAGCUACGAACUGGUGGUGGAGGCCAGCGACCAGGGCCAGGAACCUGGGCCUCGCUCAGCCACCGUGCGCGUGCACAUCACGGUGCUGGACGAGAAUGACAACGCGCCCCAGUUUAGCGAGAAGCGCUAUGUGGCCCAGGUGCGCGAGGACGUGCGCCCCCACACAGUGGUGCUCCGCGUCACGGCCACAGACCGGGACAAGGAUGCCAACGGACUGGUUCAUUACAAUAUCAUCAGCGGCAACAGCCGAGGCCACUUUGCUAUCGACAGCCUCACCGGUGAGAUUCAGGUGGUGGCGCCUCUGGACUUCGAGGCAGAGAGAGAGCAUGCCUUGCGCAUCCGGGCACAGGAUGCGGGUAGGCCACCACUGUCCAAUAACACGGGCUUGGUCAACAUCCAAGUGGUGGAUAUCAAUGACCACGCUCCCAUCUUCGUCAGCACGCCCUUCCAGGUGUCCGUUCUGGAGAAUGCGCCCCUGGGCCACUCGGUCAUCCACAUUCAGGCUGUGGAUGCAGAUCAUGGGGAAAAUGCUAGGCUGGAGUACUCGCUCACUGGUGUGGCAGCUGAUACACCUUUUGUGAUAAACAGUGCCACAGGCUGGGUGUCUGUGAGUGGCCCCCUGGACCGCGAGUCUGUGGAACAUUACUUCUUUGGGGUAGAGGCUCGUGACCAUGGCUCUCCUCCACUCUCUGCAUCGGCCAGCGUCACGGUGACUGUGCUGGAUGUUAACGACAACCGGCCUGAGUUCACUGUGAAGGAACACCACCUCCGACUGAAUGAGGAUGCAGCUGUGGGUACCAGCGUGCUCAGUGUGACUGCUGUGGACCGGGACGCCAACAGCGCCAUCAGCUACCAGAUCACAGGUGGCAACACCCGGAACCGUUUUGCCAUCAGCACCCAGGGGGGUGUGGGUCUAGUGACCCUGGCUCUCCCGCUGGACUACAAGCAGGAACGCUACUUCAAGCUGGUGCUGACGGCAUCUGACCGAGCCCUCCACGACCACUGCUCUGUGCACAUCAACAUCACAGAUGCCAACACUCACCGGCCUGUCUUUCAAAGCGCCCACUACUCAGUGAGCAUGAAUGAGGAUCGGCCAGUGGGUAGCACGGUCGUGGUUAUCAGCGCCUCUGACGAUGACGUGGGUGAGAAUGCUCGGAUCACUUACUUCUUGGAGGAUAACCUACCCCAGUUCCGCAUCGAUGCCACCUCGGGGGCCAUCACACUACAAGCUCCACUGGACUAUGAGGACCAAGUGACCUACACCCUGGCUAUCACAGCUCGAGACAAUGGCAUCCCUCAGAAGGCAGACACCACUUAUGUUGAGGUGAUGGUCAACGAUGUGAAUGACAACGCUCCACAGUUUGUGACCUCCCAUUACACCGGCUUGGUCUCUGAGGAUGCUCCGCCCUUUACCAGCGUCCUGCAGAUCUCAGCCACGGACCGGGAUGCUCACGCCAACGGUCGAGUCCAAUACACGUUCCAGAAUGGGGAAGAUGGGGAUGGAGAUUUUACCAUAGAGCCCACCUCUGGCAUCAUCCGAACAGUGAGGCGGCUGGACCGGGAGGCAGUGCCAGUGUAUGAGCUGACGGCAUAUGCGGUGGACCGCGGUGUGCCCCCGCUGAGGACACCAGUCAGCAUCCACGUGACCGUGCAGGAUGUGAAUGACAACGCACCUGUCUUCCCAGCAGAGGAGUUUGAGGUGCAGGUGAAGGAAAACAGCAUUGUGGGCUCAGUGGUGGCCCAGAUCACUGCGGUGGACCCUGACGAGGGUCCCAACGCCCACAUCAUGUACCAAAUAGUGGAGGGGAACAUUCCUGAGCUCUUCCAAAUGGACAUCUUCUCCGGGGAGCUGACAGCACUCAUUGACCUGGACUACGAAGCUCGCCAGGAAUACGUGAUUGUGGUGCAGGCCACGUCGGCUCCCCUGGUCAGCCGGGCCACUGUGCAUGUCCGCCUGGUUGACCAGAACGACAACAGCCCUGUGCUCAACAACUUCCAGAUCCUCUUCAACAACUAUGUGUCCAACCGCUCCGACACAUUCCCCUCGGGUGUCAUUGGCCGUAUCCCAGCCUAUGACCCCGAUGUCUCAGAUCACCUCUUCUACUCUUUCGAGCGUGGCAACGAGCUGCAGCUGCUGGUGGUCAACCAGACCAGUGGGGAGCUGCGACUCAGUCGGAAGCUGGACAACAACCGUCCGCUGGUGGCCUCCAUGUUGGUGACGGUCACAGACGGCCUGCACAGUGUGACAGCCCAGUGUGUGCUGCGCGUCGUCAUCAUCACCGAGGAGCUGCUGGCCAACAGCCUGACCGUGCGCCUGGAGAACAUGUGGCAGGAGCGCUUCCUGUCGCCACUCCUGGGCCACUUCCUCGAAGGUGUGGCCGCGGUGCUCGCCACGCCCGCGGAGGACGUCUUCAUCUUCAACAUCCAGAACGACACGGACGUGGGGGGCACAGUGCUCAACGUGAGCUUCUCGGCGCUGGCGCCGCGCGGGGCGGGCGCGGGCGCGGCGGGGCCGUGGUUCAGCUCCGAGGAGCUGCAGGAGCAGCUGUACGUGCGCCGCGCGGCGCUGGCGGCGCGCUCGCUGCUCGACGUGCUGCCCUUCGACGACAACGUGUGCCUGCGGGAGCCCUGCGAGAACUACAUGAAGUGCGUGUCGGUGCUCCGCUUCGACUCGUCCGCGCCCUUCCUGGCCUCGGCCUCCACGCUCUUCCGGCCUAUCCAGCCCAUCGCCGGCCUGCGCUGCCGCUGCCCGCCCGGCUUCACGGGCGACUUCUGCGAGACCGAGCUCGACCUCUGCUACUCCAACCCGUGUCGCAACGGCGGUGCCUGCGCGCGGCGUGAAGGCGGCUACACCUGCGUCUGCCGCCCGCGCUUCACGGGAGAAGACUGCGAGCUGGACACGGAGGCCGGGCGCUGCGUGCCAGGCGUCUGUCGCAACGGGGGCACCUGCACCGACGCGCCCCACGGCGGCUUCCGUUGCCAGUGCCCCGUGGGCGGCGCCUUCGAAGGCCCUCGCUGCGAGGUGGCAGCCCGCUCCUUCCCUCCGAGCUCCUUCGUCAUGUUUCGCGGCCUGCGGCAACGCUUCCACCUCACGCUGUCCCUCUCGUUCGCGACUGUGCAGCCGAGUGGGCUCCUCUUCUACAACGGCCGCCUGAACGAGAAGCACGACUUCUUGGCCCUGGAGCUGGUGGCUGGCCAAGUGCGGCUCACGUACUCCACGGGUGAGUCCAACACGGUGGUCAGCCCCACGGUUCCAGGGGGCCUGAGUGAUGGGCAGUGGCACACCGUGCACCUGAGAUACUACAACAAGCCCCGGACGGACGCCCUUGGGAGUGCUCAGGGUCCGUCUAAGGACAAAGUGGCGGUGCUGAGCGUGGACGACUGUGAUGUGGCGGUGGCACUGCAGUUCGGGGCUGAGAUUGGGAACUACUCAUGCGCGGCUGCUGGUGUGCAAACAAGCUCCAAGAAGUCCCUGGACCUGACAGGCCCGCUGCUCCUGGGAGGGGUCCCCAACCUCCCCGAGAACUUCCCCGUGUCCCACAAGGACUUCAUCGGCUGCAUGCGGGACCUGCACAUAGACGGCCGCCAGGUGGACAUGGCAGCCUUUGUGGCCAACAACGGUACCACAGCAGGCUGUCAGGCCAAGCUGCACUUCUGCGACUCAAGCCCCUGCAAGAACAGUGGCUUCUGCUCGGAGCGCUGGGGCGGCUUCAGCUGUGACUGCCCUGUGGGUUUUGGUGGCAAAGACUGUCGGCUCACCAUGGCCCAUCCCCACCAUUUCCGGGGCAACGGCACACUAAGCUGGGACUUUGGAGGUGACGUGGUUGUGUCUGUACCCUGGUACCUGGGACUGGCGUUUCGGACACGCGCCACGCAAGGGGUCCUGUUGUCAGUGCAGGCUGGGCAGCACAGUACACUUCUCUGCCAGCUAGAUCGGGGGCUGCUGUCCGUGACUGUGAGCCAGGGCUCGGGCCUUGCCGCCCAUCUCCUCCUGGACCAGGUGACCGUCAGUGAUGGCCGGUGGCAUGAUCUGCGGCUGGAGUUGCAGGAAGAGCCAGGUGGUCGGCGGGGCCAUCAUGUCCUCAUGAUCUCACUGGACUUUAGCCUCUUCCAGGACACCCUGGCAGUGGGGAGUGAGCUGCAAGGCCUGAAGGUAAAGCAACUCCACGUGGGAGGCCUGCCCCCCAGCAGUAAGGAGGCGCUUCCUCAGGGUCUGGUCGGCUGUAUCCAGGGGGUCUGGCUCGGCACCACUCCAUCUGGGUCGCCGGCCCUGCUAGCCCCGAGCCACCGGGUGAAUGUGGAGCCUGGCUGCGUGGUGACCAACUCCUGUGCAUCUGGGCCCUGUCCAGCCCAUGCUGACUGCCAAGAUCUCUGGCAGACUUUCUCCUGCACCUGCCAGCCAGGUUACUAUGGCCCAGGUUGUGUGGAUGCCUGUCUCUUGAACCCCUGUCAGAACCAGGGGUCCUGCCGCCACCUCCCAGGAGCCCCCCACGGCUACACUUGUGACUGUCCCAGCGGUUAUUUUGGGCACCGCUGUGAGCACAGGAUGGACCAGCAGUGCCCACGAGGCUGGUGGGGGAGCCCAACCUGUGGCCCCUGCAAUUGUGACGUCCACAAAGGCUUUGACCCCAACUGCAAUAAGACAAAUGGGCAGUGUCACUGCAAGGACUUCUACUACCGGCCACGGGGCAGUGACUCAUGCCUUCCAUGUGACUGCUACCCAGUGGGCUCCACCUCGCGUUCCUGUGCACCCCACAGUGGGCAGUGUCCCUGUCGUCCAGGAGCCCUUGGCCGCCAGUGCAACAGCUGUGACAGCCCCUUCGCAGAGGUGACAGCCAGUGGCUGCCGGGUGCUCUACGAUGCCUGCCCCAAGUCCCUGAGGUCUGGCGUGUGGUGGCCGCAGACCAAGUUUGGCGCCUUGGCCACAGUGCCCUGUCCCCGGGGAGCCCUGGGUGCUGCUGUACGGCUCUGUGACGAGGACCGGGGUUGGCUGGAGCCUGACCUCUUCAACUGCACCUCUCCUGCCUUCCGAGAGCUCAGCCUGCUGCUGGAUGGCCUGGAGCUGAAUAAGACAGUCCUGGAUACCACGGAGGCCAAGAGGCUGGCUCAGCGACUCCGGGAGGUCACUGGCCAUGCUGAUCACUACUUUAGCCAAGAUGUCCAAGUCACUGCCCGCCUGCUGGCCUAUCUGCUGGCCUUCGAGAGCCAUCAGCAAGGUUUCGGACUGACAGCCACACAGGACGCUCACUUCAAUGAGAAUCUGCUAUGGGCUGGCUCUGCUCUGCUUGCUCCAGAGACUGAGGACCUGUGGGCAGCAUUGGGACAGCGGGCUCCCGGGGGCUCCCCAGGCAGCGCGGGGCUGGUGCAGCACCUGGAGGAGUAUGCGGCCACGCUCGCCAGGAACAUGGAACUCACAUACUUGAAUCCCGUGGGGCUGGUGACACCCAAUAUCAUGCUCAGCAUCGACCGCAUGGAGCACCCCAGUUCAAACCGAGGGGCCCGUCGCUACCCCCGCUACCACAGUAACCUUUUCCGGGGCCAGGACGCCUGGGAUCCUCACACCCAUGUGCUGCUGCCUUCCCAGGCUCCACGGCCAGCCCCAUCGGAAGUUCUGCCCACAGGCAGCAGCUCAGAAAACACCACCGCCCCGAGUGUGGGCUCCCCACCGGUGCCCCAGGAGCCCGAGACUGAGCCUGGGAUGUCCAUCGUCAUCCUCCUCGUGUACCGCACCUUGGGGGGACUGCUUCCUGCUCAGUUCCAGGCCGAGCGUCGGGGUGCCAGGCUCCCUGAAAACCCUGUGAUGAACUCACCGGUUGUCAGCGUGGCAGUGUUCCAUGGACGCAACUUCCUUAGUGGUGUCUUGGAGUCCCCCAUCAGCCUCGAGUUCCGCCUGCUACAGACAGCCAAUCGGAGCAAAGCCAUCUGCGUGCAGUGGGACCCCCCUGGCCCGGCAGAGCAGCAUGGUCUGUGGACAGCACGGGACUGUGAGCUGGUGCACAGGAACGGGUCCCACGCGCGGUGUCGCUGCAGCCGGACGGGUACCUUCGGGGUUCUCAUGGAUGCCUCCCCUCGUGAGCGCCUGGAGGGGGACCUGGAGCUACUGGCAGUGUUCACACACGUGGUCGUGGCAGUGUCUGUGGCUGCGCUGGUGCUGACUGCGGCUGUCCUGCUGAGCCUGCGUAGCCUCAAGUCCAAUGUGCGUGGGAUCCAUGCCAAUGUGGCGGCUGCCCUGGGCGUGGCAGAGCUCCUCUUCCUGCUGGGAGUCCACAGGACCCACAACCAGCUGGUGUGCACUGCAGUCGCCAUCCUCCUGCACUACUUCUUCCUCAGCGCCUUUGCAUGGCUCCUCGUGCAGGGCCUGCACCUCUACCGCAUGCAGGUGGAGCCGCGCAACGUGGACCACGGGGCCAUGCGCUUCUAUCAUGCCCUGGGCUGGGGUGUUCCUGCCGUGCUGCUGGGCCUUGCUGUCGGCCUAGACCCCGAGGGCUAUGGGAACCCUGACUUCUGCUGGAUCUCCAUGCAUGACCCGCUCAUCUGGAGCUUUGCAGGCCCUGUGGUCCUGGUCAUCGUGAUGAAUGGGACCCUGCUUCUCCUCACUGCUCACACCUCCUGCUCCACGGGGCAGCGGGAUGCCAAGAAGAGUUCUGUGCUCUCCUUCCUGCUGCUGCUGCUGGUCAGUGCCUCCUGGCUCUUUGGUCUCCUAGCAGUCAACCACAGCAUCCUGGCCUUCCACUACCUCCACGCUGCGCUCUCCGGGCUCCAGGGCCUGGCAGUGCUGCUGCUCUUCUGCAUUCUGAAUUCCGAUGCCCGGGCUGCCUGGACUCCAGCUUGUCUAGGCAGGAAGGCAGUGCCUGAGGAGGCGAGGCCAGCGCCAGGGACGGGCCCUGGGGCCUACAACAACACAGCCCUAUUUGAGGAGAGCGGCCUCAUCCGCAUCACGCUCGGAGCCUCCACUGUCUCCUCAGUGAGCAGUGCCCGCUCUGGCCGGACCCAGGAUCAAGACAGCCAGCGGGGACGCGGCUACCUCAGGGACAACGUCCUGGUUCGACACGGCUCGGCUGCUGACCACACUGAGCAUGGCGUCCAGGCUCAUGCCGGCCCCACAGACCUGGAUGUGGCCAUGUUCCACCGAGAUGCUGGUGCGGACUCUGACUCAGACAGCGACCUGUCCUUGGAAGAGGAGAGGAGUCUGUCCAUCCCAUCUUCGGAAAGUGAGGACAAUGGCCGUACUCGAGGGCGUUUCCAGCGGCCCCUCCGCCGGGCAGCCCAGAGUGAGAGGCUCCUCACCCACCCGAAAGAUAUGGAUGGCAAUGAUCUCUUGUCCUACUGGCCAGCCCUGGGGGAAUGUGAGGCAGCUCCCUGUGCCCUGCAGACCUGGGGCUCCGAGAGGCGCCUGGGCCUGGAUACCAGCAAGGAUGCCGCCAACAACAACCAACCAGACCUGGCCCUCACCAGCGGGGAUGAGACCUCCCUGGGCCGGGCACAGCGACAGAGGAAGGGCAUCCUGAAGAACCGCCUGCAGUACCCACUGGUGUCACAGGCCCGAGGUGCCCCUGAGCUGUCCUGGUGCCGCGCAGCCACAUUGGGCCACAGGGCCGUGCCAGCUGCCUCGUAUGGCCGCAUCUGUGCGGGCGGGGGUACUGGCAGCCUCUCGCAGCCGGCCAGUCGCUAUUCUUCCCGAGAACAGCUGGAUUUGCUCCUGCGGCGGCAGCUGAGCCGUGAGCAGCUUGAGGAAGCCCCUGUCCCAACUCUGUGCCCCCUGAGCCGGCCAGGCUCCCAGGAACACUUGGAUGCCAUGCCAGGCCGCCUGGAGCCCAGGGACCGGGGCAGCACUCUGCCGCGGAGACAGCCACCGCGGGACUACCCUGCCACCAUGGCUGGCUGCUUUGGCUCCCGGGAUGCACUGAACUUGGGGGCACCCCGCGAGUGGCUGAGCACGUUGCCUGCACCCCGCCGCACCCGGGACCUGGAUCCACAGCACCCGCCCAUGUCUCAGCCUCCGCAGAGGCAACUCUCAAGGGACCCCCUCUUGCCGUCGAGGCCCUUGGAUUCUGUGUCUAGGAGCUCGAACUCUCGUGAGAGGCUGGACGAGGUGCCCAACCGGCACCCCUCCCAAGAAGCCCUCGGGCCACCCCUGCAGCUGCUCAGGGCUAGGGAGGACCCCACCAGCGGCCCCAGCCAUGGCCCCUCCACAGAGCAGCUGGACAUCCUCUCCUCCAUCCUUGCCUCCUUCAACUCUUCUGCCCUCUCCUCCAUGCAGUCGUCCAGCACGCCCUCCGGCCCUCACACCACAGCCACACCUUCAGCCACAGCCUCGGCACUUGGGCCCUCCACUCCGCGCUCAGCCACCUCCCACAGCAUCUCAGAGCUGUCGCCAGAUGCUGAAGUUUCCAGAAGUGAGGGUCACUUGUGAGGGGCCCAUGGAGCGGAGGGCGACGGAGGACCUGGGCUGAAGAAGAGACUGCAGGAGUUGGGGCCAGUUCCAAGACAACCUGCUAGCCCCACCUCCCAGCUCCUUGCAUCUGUGAGCAUGGGUGUGGCAGGUGCAGGGGGGCACUGAAGGGAGGACUUAUCUACAUUUUGUAUGUUUGUAACCAGAGAGAUAUGCUUAUGUUAUUUUUCAGUCUGACUCCAGGGGUCUGAAGCUGGGCUAUGAGCAGGAGGGGAUGGGGGAUGUGCAGAGUUGGACCCUGCAUGGGUCCCUGGGCGACCCUGUGCUGUUUUUUCACAUCUCCCUGGGGUGGGCACAGAGAGGUGGGGCAGAGGCCCUCCUCCCACCCCAGGCCCUGGCUUGCUGUGGGGAGGGGUCCAAAGCGUCCAAAGCUCAGAACUGAUCUUUGCUUCUUCUCCAUUGCCCCCAAGGCCAAACCUCUGGGCAAAGGGCGGGGGAGGAGGGACUUGGUCUUGAAAACAGGGGUCCUCUGGCCUCCUUGUGGGCACCUGCUCCUGCCACCCCUGUCAGUGGACGUGCGUGCUCAUGACAUGGAGGCCUUGCCACUUACUGCCUUAUGAUCUAGGACUGAUGCUGGGGGGCGCCAUGUGGAGCAGCAGAGGUCCUGUUUACAAAGCCAGGCAUCCCUUGGUCCCCGGGGCUGGGAAAGGGGUGCAGUGGGGGAGGACUCAGGCCUCUGCUCAGAUGUCCUCACCCUGUAUGGGUUGGGGGUACUGGGGGAACUGGCCGGCCACUACCCCGUCCUGCAAAUGUCUGUGGUGCCAUUUGAUUUCUGCUCCCGGUCACUGCCCCCCGACCAGGUUGGGGUCGGGGGAACGGGAGGAGGGUGACCAAGGGAGCAGAAGCCAGGGCAUGCCAGACCCAGAAUGUAGGUGCCACUGCCUCCCGUGUUUACAGGAUCCUCUCUGGCCCCGGGCACCAGGGCUGUCUGCCACAAGUGACUCACUUCCCACCACUCCCUGCCUCCCUCCCUCCCUCCCUCCCUUCAAAAGGGAACUAUGACUGUUAGCAAAACUCUCCUUACUUUGUCUGAUGUCCUCCACUGAGGACUUUAAAAAUUUUGUUACUUUGUUUACAGGCUAUUUAAAUUUUAUUUAAUUUUUUACUACGUUUACAACUUGAAACUUGGAAACUUUUAUACUUUGUUUACAGUUGAGAAUGUUUUUUUCCUUGGUUUAGGGGAAGGUAGGGACAGAGGAAGAGGGACACCAAGGCCCCCCAGCGCUGGGAGACCUUGGGCCUGGUCACCCCCCAAUGGCCUUCCAGGACAGAGCCCCACCCCGAGUCAGAAGGCCCAAGAGUCAGUAUCCUCUCAGCGCUGGUGACAGUGGCUGUUGAGCCGGGUGUGUGGUGGUGCAGACACCUGCCUACUCCCAACGCAGGCUCUCCAGGCAGUUUCCAAGGAGAGAUUAGAAUUUCCUUCACUGACUGGUGCCAAAUCCCACCAGCCAGGACCCCAGCCUCCCUCCCCACACUGCCCACAGCCCUCGGCAGGCAGCGCGGCCUGCUGAGGGAAAGAAGGCGUCCUUGCUUGUCCUAGGUUCUGUAGAUGCCCUCUUGGAGGGGUAUGCCUCCCUCCAGCCCAGCGGCGGCCUCCUUCCCCCCAUCUGUGUAAAUUGUUCCAUGAAGCCGCGCUCUGUUUUGGGAAUAAACUUAUAUAGAAAACAGCUGCCGCCUCUUCUAUCAGGAAGGGAGGGAGGGCGGGACUCGCCAUGAGUGACUUAGGCCUCAUUGACCUUUGCAGGGAAGCCCAGUCCUUUCCCCACCCGAGAAUAUCCAGCUAUUCUUAGCUCAUGGCCUGGGCGGAGGAC